AAGAAUCAAAGCUGGUUCUAAUAUUCGAUGUUAUAAUCUUUCUGUACACCGUGCGCGAUAAAAUCAUCCGUGCUUGUCUUUUAUACUGAUGUCCUAGCUUAUUAGCAGAUAUGUCAUUGACUAUCCUCUUCCAGUUAUUUGCCCUCGCAACUUUAUUUUUGUCGUUUUGCUCGAAAAAGAUUUAGUUGAUGCACCAAAGGACUGUCCGUGAUCAAAAUAUUUAUAAGUUUUUUUUUUUAAAUCUAUAUUAUUGCAUGGGGGAUAAAUCGUAAACAUGUUAAAGUCAAAUAUAUGUAUCAGCAACGGAUGUUUUGGAGAGUGAUGGAUUGCUGUUGAAAUAUUUAAGCAACACUUGAAAACAAUUAAGAAAUUUUUAAAGUGUUUGUUAUUGAUGUAACUGUGCUCUAUGCAUUAGGACAAUUCUCUCAGAUUUAGAACUGUUGUUAACUUUUAGAGAUGUAACAUAUUUACAUUUCAGCUGAUCAAAAAUAAAUAAUGUCACCUUUGGUUAUUUCCAUUUGAUUUCGUUUAGUAAUUUAUAUCUAAAUGUAUCUCAUCGAGGAGUGACCACAUAUGUGUACGAAAAGCAUUUGCUCGGGAGAAUAAGAUAAAUGUGGCAAAUCUCUUUUCGCGUACUGUAAACGUCCUAGAUUCGUAAUUCUGCCAUUUAUGUGGAAUUUGGGUUGGAAUCCCAGCAAAUGGUCUGGCUGCUUGGGCAUUUUUCUGGUUUAACCAAUGUGUAAUAUGAAUACCAGGCAACAUCCCUAAGAAAGUUCUCCACAAAGACAUUCUUUCCAUUAGCUUUCAAAAGAAAAUGGGAAAUACAAGCUCAAACAAACGUGAUAGAGCUUAUUCUUCUGAUGCUGAGUAUCCAUCUUCACCAAACAAAGAUGAUAAAGUAUUUGAAUUCGGCAGUGGAACUAGGAAAGGGAGACUCGUAUAUCAGCCAUCUCUGGAAGAAGCUGAUGAAACAAAUACUGCUUUUAAAACUAAAGCAGAUGAUAUGAGGCCUAGAUCUGCAACAGUUAGUGCAACCCCUUCCAGUCAACCUCGCUUUCCAACUGUAUUUAAGUGGGAUGGUGGUGGUAAAGAAGUCUUUAUAAGUGGAACCUUCUCAGAUUGGAAACCAAUACCUAUGGUUGAAAGCCAUGGAGAUUUUGCAUUAAUUUUGGAUGUUCCUGAAGGAGAUCAUGAGUAUAAAUUUCAAGUAGAUGGACAAUGGAUUCAUUCCACUGGCCAGCCUACAGUAGAUAAUGAUUUGGGAACAAAAAACAAUUUGGUAUCAGUAAAAAAAUCUGACUUUGAAGUAUUUGAAGCUUUGGCUGUUGAUAGUAUAAGUUCAAGUAGCGGUGGUGGAUCUACUUAUUCUAUUUCUCCACCUGGAUCUUACUCUCAAGAAAUUCCUCCACGAAGACCCUAUGACAAAGCAUCUGGACCUCCUAUUUUGCCACCUCAUUUACUGGAAGUUAUUUUGAAUAAAGAUGUUUCAUUAUCAAGUGAGCCAAUUCUCCUGCCAGAACCUAAUCAUGUGAUGCUGAACCACUUAUAUGCACUGUCAAUUAAGGACGGAGUUAUGGUUUUGAGUGCCACUCUUCGAUAUAAGAAGAAAUACGUGACAACUUUGCUGUAUAAACCUAUUUAAAAGGACAGUUCCUAUUAAUUUUUUUAGGAUUUAGUGUUAACUUAAAACACGUUAUUUAUUUUAUUUUGACUUCCUGGAAUUUGUAAUGUUAUAAAUAAUUGUAAAAUAUAUUAAGAAUAUAUUUGAUAUGAACAAUUCAUGUAUUUUUGUGUUGAAGUAUUUUUAUAAAGCAAAUAGUAAAAGCAAAGGAUGAUUGUGUAAAGUAUUAUCUGUACAUAAAUUCUGAUUUCUUUCAAAGUUAAUAAAUGUAUUAAUAUUUUCAGUUAAUAAAGUUCAUAAUUUUGAAUGUUUUUAAAAUACUAUAUUUUUUAAGUUUUGUUUAAUAUAUUUAACAACAUAGUUUAAUAUAUUUAUGUUACUAGUAGUGCCUUUCUGAAAAUGUUGAAAUUUUAUGUUGUUAUUGAUUUAAAUUCUACUUUAUAUAGUCUUGUUCUUGUUGAAAUUGUGAACAUAUUUUGUGCUGUAAUUAAUCUCUUUUUUCCUAAUGUAUAAUUUUUUUCCCUUAUAAAAAUAAUAACUAUUCUUUAGUAGGUACAGUUUACAUCUAAAUUGCAUUUUGAAAUAUAUUAUUUUUAUUAAUACUUAUUCUUUAAAUUCAUAUUUUUAAUCCCUUUCUCCAAAAAAUUUUCCUGACCUACUUUUGCAUUUAGUACCAUGGAAGGAAAUUAAAUGUUUCAAAAGUUUUGUAAGGAAACAUUUAUUUAAUAUAUUUAUGUUACUAGUAGUGCCUUUCUGAAAAUGUUGAAAUUUUAUGUUGUUAUUGAUUUAAAUUCUACUUUAUAUAGUCUUGUACUUGUUGAAAUUGUGAACGUAUUUUGUGCUGUAAUUAAUCUCUUUUUCCCUAAUGUAUAAUUUUUUUCCCUAUGAAAAUAAUAUUCAUUCUUUGUUAAGUACUGUUUGCAUCUAAAUUGCAUUUUGAGAUAUUAAAAAAUAUACAGCAAAUUUUCCCAUGCA